GUCUGCAGAUGAAUUAGUUGUAAGCAGUUCUCUUAAAUCCUAUCUUUGCCAAAAAGAAGCUAAUAGUGAAUCUAUUCAUCUCCAAGAUACAAAUAUGCCUUACAAAACUAUAGAAAUUGUUGAAAUUAUUGGUGAGAGCAAAGUUAUUGUGGAUAUUACCUUUGAAAGUAGUAAUACAGAUCGAUGCAUAGUUCAAAUGGCUGAUAUAAUCGACUGGCAACAAUUAGACACUGUAGCUAUGGCACAGACUUGGGUUUUUGGUAAUCGUCCUGGGUGCCUUAUCAGAGAUCAAGUGAAACCCAUACCAUCAUCUAAGGAUUCUUAUAGUAAUAUUGUUGUCUUUACAAUGCCAUACAGAGGAAAGAAAGACACAUUAUAUUUAAUCUUAACAUGCCCAGUAGAUACAAGUCUUAUGCUUAUGCAAAGCACUUUUACUCACCAAAAUAUUUAUAAACAAGCUACUGCUUUUGCAUUAUCUGAUCCAAAUUCACAUAUUUACCUUCUCCUUCAAAAAAAUGCAAGCACUUGUGUUAUAAGAAACUACUUCGAAACAUGUCUUAAAAAUUGGCAAGAACCUUGCAUUGCCCCAUGUGGAGCAGAAUUAAAAAAUAUGGAUAAAAAAGGAUCAAUAAACAUUCCCAAGAAUGCUUUUAAGAUUGAUAAAUAUACCUCAAUGGAGACUGAGAAUGUUAAAUUAACGAGACACAUUGAUCAGCGGCUACCCUUGAUUCUUGUGAUCAAUGUUACAGGUAUUAGUUUUAUCAACGAAGGAACGUAUCUUGAAAAUAAAGAUCUUCUAGAAGAAAUUAAUUUUCCUUCAAAAGAUAUAUCAUCUCAUGGAAGUUUUCUUUUGUGA